AUGGACCCUAAUUACUAUUCUCAAAAUUUCGAAAACAAUUUUGAUGAUUUUGAUCUCAACUCUGACAACAAUCAGCAUCCCGGCUAUGAUUCUUAUUCGCAGGAUAAUUCUUCCUCUCAAAAUUUCCAACAAUCUUUUUAUGCUAACACUAUUGUUGACCGUGAAGCUAUAGAGGAACGUGUUAUGGAGACACAGGAACCAAUCAUGACACAUCCAUUGCCCGUCAACCCAAAUCAACCAAUUAAGGUUGCAUCUCAGUCUCGAAGUUGGUCGAUUCAGGAGGAUGAAGCUCUGGUUGAUUCCUACAUUAAAGUUUGCUCCGAUCAGAUUAUAGGCACCAACAUAAGAAAAGCUGAUAUUUGGAGGCAAGCUGCUGCGCGCUAUAGCCAAAUUCAAGUAGGUAGACCGUACGAACUUCCUGUAAGAAAUGAAAAAUGUUUAGAGAGUCGUUGGGGAAGGAUGUCUCCAGACAUCAUGUUGUGGGCUGCUAGUUUUGAAAAGGCUGGUAGGUUAUUUGCAAGUGGGAAUAAUGAUGCGGACCAAGUUGCUACCGCUCACCAGUUAUUCCGCACAGAAAACAAAAAGAACUUCACAUUGAUGCAUGCUUGGAAGAUGCUUACUAAAGAAAACCCAAAGUGGAGGGUGAUGAUGAGGUGGGGUAUGUCAAAGACAGGGAGAGAAACAUACGAUGCCAGUCUACCAAUUUCUACCGAAGAGAGUGAUGGAAGUGGCAAGAGAACUAGAGCUGAUGAUGAUGAUGGUGUAAAGAAAGCUAAGGCCAGAAGAAAAGGAAAAGGGGCAGAAUCAUCAGAGGCAGUUUCGUCUUUUGGAAGUCGUUUGCAAGCUAACACUGAAGUGAGGAAUAAUGAGCACGAACUUAAUUUAAAGAGAUUCGAGCGAGAAGAAGAAAAGACUAUAAUGCGGAGGCGACAACUUGACAUAGAGGAACAGAGAAUUCAGUUGGAUAAGCAAAAAAUGAAACAUGAUUUCUUGCAAACAUUGGUGUCUAAGGCUUGUCUAACUCCUGAUGAAGAAAAAGUUAAGGCAAGAUUGAUGUUGGAGUUUUAUGGUGGUGAUAACUAG